CCUUAGAAAUUCAGUGAAAAAGGGUCGGAAGCAGUACAGCAGAAUUGUCCUUCACAGACUGGCGGGGAGCUCAGGGUCAGGACUGAGGGCUUACCAGCAAAGUGCUCUUUGCAGCAGUCACUAGGCAGACACCGCAUCUUCUCGGAGGAAAAGCAGCAAUUAGACUAUGAAGAGCUGAUUCAGGUCUUAAAGAAGGAGCAGGACAUCUAUACUCAUCUGGUAAAAUCUCUGCAGGACCCAGACAGUAUCAACAGCCUGCAGGCUGAGUUAAACAGCAUUUUCGCUUUGCGGAAGCAGCUGGAGCAGGACGUGCUCUCCUGUCGGAAUUUGCAAAAGACCCUGGAGGAGCAGAUCAGUGAAAUUCGGAGGCGGGAAGAAGAACCAUUUUCAUUUUAUAGUGAUCAAACAUCUUAUCUGAGUAUUUGCCUUGAAGAGCCCAAUCGGUUUCAAGUGGAACAUUUUUCUCAAGAAGAACUUAAGAAAAAGGUCAGUGACCUGAUACAACUGGUGAAGGAACUGUAUACAGACAACCAGCACCUGAAGAAAACCAUUUUUGAUCUCUCCUGCAUGGGUUUCCAGGGAGGUGACAGACUUGAGUCAACAGAACAAUCUGAGCUUCUGGCUAGCAAGGAGGACGAGGACACGACCAGAACUGGAGAGGAUGAUGAGAAUAAUUUCCCGAGUGACCAGCAUUUGGAGCAGAGUGACAAGGUCAUGGAGGAUUAUUCCAAAGGGGGCUGCAAAAACGGAUACUUGAAGCACACAGAUUCCAGUAUUCUAGACUACGAUGGAACCCACAAACCUGGCUGCCCUGGAGACCAGAGUCUAGAAGAAGGCGAGCUCCUGAACAUGCUUGCCCCUUUUUUCAACGAGAAGGCCACAUUGUUACUGGAAUCCAGGCCAGACCUUCUGAAAGUGCUGCGUGAACUACUUCUGGAACGAAUGUGCUUGACAGAGCCGGGAGUGUCUGCGGAACACCUUGAUGGUAAAACUGAGAAGUCCCUUAAGCAAAUGGCUAUUCAGCUUAGAGGUGAACUCGGACAUUUCACCCAAGUCAACUCAUUGUCCAAGUCCCACGAUGAAUGGAAGUCGCCUCGGACAGCCCAGCUAGGAAGGAUGGGUGAAAUGUCCAAGCUGGAGCUGAAAGAUGCCUCCGUGCAGACUGUGGCCGCGGAGGAUGACACGCUCAGAUUCCAAAAUGAGGGCAAGAGAGAGGCUUGGGAAGAGAAGCCACCAGAUGCCGUGUUUCACACUGAGGGUCAGCCGGAGAACUCACACAUGGAGCCGGGGAGGCAGGGCACUGCCCUUUCCUUCCCCAACGGGACUGACAAAGAAGCUAAGAAGUCCCGCCUGCCCAUCCUGAUAAAGCCGUCCCGGUCAUUAGGAAAUGUGUAUCGGCUCCCUGUCACCCAGGAGAUGGUAGCCCAGCUGCAGGGCCAAGUCUUGGAGCUGCAGGGGGAGCUGAAGGAGUUUAAAAUCCACAAUAAGCAACUUCACCAAAAGUUAAUUCUGGCUGAAGCAAUGAUGGAGGGGAGGCCAGCGCCAGACAAAACGGUACAGAAAGCCCAGCCCCUUGUGGGAGCAGCCUACCAGGACAGCCCGGGAGAGCAAAAGGGAAUUAAAACCAUGCCCUGUGUCUGGAGAGACAAGGAAGGAGACAGUGACCAGCACACCAGCUACGAGACCGCCUCUGAAAUUUGCCAGCCCGAUGGCCUUGCCAUCUUGCCAACGUGCAAAGGGAAUCCUUCUGAAGAUUUUCCAAGCCCAACCUCAGUUGCUGCUUACUUGAGUUCUAAGAAUCAGCUUUCCACCAAAGUUGGUGUGAUUGGGACCCAUCAGUCUGAGAACGUCGACACUUCAAGUGAUACAGAAAACUUAAAACAGAAAAUCUGUGACUUGGAAACUGAGCUCGAGGGCUACCGGAAUUUCAUAUUUCAGCUUCAAAAGCACUCCCAGUGCAGCAAGGCCAUUAUCACAGUUUUGUGUGGGACAGAAGGGGGCCAGGACGUCCUGAACAAGCCCAAGGGUAGUAAUGACGAAGAAGAAAUGACGUUCUCAAGUUUGCACCAAGUACAUUAUGUGAAGCACAUGAAGAUCCUUCAUCAGCUGGCUCCAGAGGUGACCGAUGGCAGGCUGCUGGAGGGCCUCAGACAGCAGCUAGUGGAACAGGAGUACGAGCUGCAGAAGGAGCAGGAUUUGAACAUGGAGCUUUUCAGUGAAAUCCAUAACCUGCAGAAUAAGUUCAGAGAUCUCUCACCCUCCAGGUACGAUUCAUUAGUUCAGUCCCAGGCCAGGGAGCUCUCCCUUCAAAGACAGCAGAUUAAGGAUAGCCACGGCAUCUGCGUCAUUUACCGGCAACAUAUGAACGCCAUGAUUAAGGCAUUCGAGCAGUUGCUGCAGGCCAGCGACGUGGAUCACUACGUGGCCAAGGGUUUCCAGGAGCAGCUGAAUCAAUGUGCCGGGCUGCUCGAGAAAUUGGAGAAGCUGUUUCUCAACGGUUCUACAAAUGCUUUUGCUUAUGGAUCAGAGCUGCAUAAUUCUCUGACAUCAGAGAUCUGUUUCCUGAGGAAGCAGAACCAGGCUCUCAAUACAGUGCUGGCCAAGGGAUCCAGAGAUAAACAGAAGAAGAAUGAAAAGUUACAAGAGUCCCUCUCCAGGAAGGUUGCGAGCCUCGAGCUCCUUCAGCGAGAGUAUGCCCGUGUGAAGGGGGAAAAUGAGAGGCUGCAGAGCGAGGUCUGCGAGCAGGAGAGGCACAACCAGCAGCUGCUCCAGGAAGCCUGCAGCAGCCGCCGCGAGCUGAGCAGGGUGCAGGAGGAGGCGAAGCUGAGGCAGCAGCUGCUCUGCCAGAACGACGAGCUCCUGCAGUCCCUCCGAGUGGAGCUGAAGGUGUAUCAGAGGCUGGAGGAGGAGCACAGGAGGCCGAGAGAGGCCGGAGCAGAGGCGUCAGGAGAAGGCUGGAGGGCGCAGGACCCUUUCAGUGACCUGCGUGGUCUCCUAACAGAGAUCCAGGCUCUGCGGGGGCAGCUAGAAAAGAGCAUCGAGACCAACAGCACACUGCAGAGCAAGCUGGAGGAGCGGCUGACGAUGGAGGGGAAGAAGGCUCAGGAAGCAGCCCUCCCAGUGGCUCUCCAGACCCUGUCCGUCCCUGAGUGGCCCCCACAGCUGGACAAGCAUG